AUGCAUUUCAACGAGCAAGAUUUAGUGGGCUUCAUAAAGAUCUACAAACAGUUUUUCCCUCAAGGUGACCCCAGUAAAUUUGCGUCACUAGUCUUUCGAGUAUUCGACGAAAACAAUGAUGGCUCAAUAGAGUUCGAAGAAUUCAUACGAGCUUUAUCGGUGACAUCGAGAGGGAAUCUUGACGAAAAACUGCAUUGGGCAUUUCGCUUAUAUGACGUGGAUAACGAUGGAUAUAUAACAAGAGAUGAAAUGUAUAACAUAGUGGACGCUAUAUACCAGAUGGUCGGUCAAACGCCGCAGCCAGAAGACGAGAACACACCGCAGAAGCGGGUUGAUAAGAUCUUCGACCAAAUGGACAAGAACCAUGACGACCGGCUCACGUUAGAGGAGUUCCGUGAAGGGAGUAAGGCAGAUCCCCGCAUUGUCCAAGCCCUCUCCCUUGGGGGAGAUUAA